AUGUUGAGGCCGCCGCCGCCCGCAGGUAACCUCCCCGGCCCUCUCCUCCUUCUUUCCCUCCCUACCGCCGUGCCCACUGCCCUCCGCGCCUGCGCGCACCUCGCCGAAGCUGCCGCCGGCCGCCUCAUCCACGCGCUCGUGCUCACGCGCCCCGCCCUCGCCUGGGACCAAGUCGUCGCCACCGCCUUGCUCGACAUGUACGCCAAGUGCGGCCUCAUCGCCAGCGCCCGCAAGGUGUUCGACGAGAUGCCGGCCAGGGACCUCGUCGUCUGGAACGCGCUGCUCGCGGGCUACGCGCGCCACGGCCUCCCCGAGCACGCCCUUGCGCUGUCGCUCAUCUCUGGCUCGGUGCUGAACUUCCAGUACGGCAGAGCGCGCGCGCUGUUCCGGCAAAUGGUGGCCAGCGGCGCCCGUUUCCCGCCAAACUCGUCGACGGUUAGCAGCGUCCUGCCAGCAUUUGGCACCAUCGGUGACAUAAAGCAUGGCAAGGAGGUCCACGGCUACGCCGUCGUAACCGGCGUCGAACGGGAGCUCAUCGUGGGCAGCGCUCUCGUCGACAUGUACGCCAAGUCCGGACUCGUGCACGAAGCGCGCCACUUGUUCGACAGGAUGUCAGAGAGGAGCACGGUGACAUGGAACUCCAUGAUCUUCGGUCUUGCGAACUCCGGCCAUUGCCAGGAAGCCGUCGGCCUCUUCGACCGGAUGCCACGAGAGGGAGCGAAGCCGAACCACCUGACCUUCACCGCCCUUCUGACAGCCUGCAGCUAUGACUGCGUCAGGAGAAGCACCGGCGGCUUUGCGAGAAAUGUGCUUCUUGUGGUUAUGACUGCGUGA